AUGAAUCAGAAAAGAUUCGUACUUAAACGGCCAGAAAACGGAAGAAAAUAUCAAUUAUGCACGCAUCUCCCUGCGAAGUUCCUGACGACAAAUGGAGUAAAUGCGGCCCAAGAAAGUGUUGCAACAUGCAACAGCAUAAACAACAAUGUAGACUCUGACUGUCCGGGCUUCUUCAAGACUGAAUAUUGGUACUAUUAUGGUGAAGACAUUAGUGGUUCAUAUCAGAAUUCUUACGCUGACUGUUGUCGACAAUGCACGCAGAAUGACAAAUGCAAUGCUUUUAGUUGGAGUCGUCUAACGAAGGCUUGCUUUUUAAAGUCUGGUAUUAAUAGUGGUGGAUAUUCGAGUGAAGAUAAUGAUUCUGGUCGUCGUCUGAAUAUAGGAACCAAUACAACUGGUUGUUCGGGCUUUGUCAAGACGGAAAAUUGGGUGUUAUACUCAGAAGAUAUUGGUGCUACAUAUCAGAAUUCUUAUGCUGAUUGUUGCCAGCAAUGUUCGCUAAAUAACAAAUGCAAUGCUUUUAUUUGGGGUCGUCAAUCAAAGGCUUGCUAUUUGAAAUCUAGUGUCGGUGAUGGUGGAAGAGCAGGUGCCGAUGUCGAUACUGGCGUUCGUCUGACUACAGUGACCGAGACAAUUGAUUUUUCGACAUUUACCAAGACAGAAAAUUGGGUGUUAUAUUCAGAGGAUAUUGGUGCUACGUAUCAGAAUUCUUAUGCUAAUUGUAACCAGCAAUGUUCACUAAAUAACAAAUGUAAUGCUUUUAUUUGGGGUCGCGAUUCGAAGGCUUGCUAUUUGAAGUCCGGUGUUGGUGAUGGCGGACGCGCUGGCGCUGGUGUCGAUGCUGGCCGUCGUCUGGGUAAGUUUAAAGAUAUAGGCAAUGAUUCCUUGUUGAGACGAAAACAAUCGUAUGAUAACUAUUUUAUUCCAAGGCAAAAAAUAUAA